AUGUGGUCCCUACUCCGCCCAAGCCCCGUCAUUGCCUCCUCCAUAUUGACAGCAGCCGCUGCAAGGGGUGAGUGCCGAUACCCCGUCGGUGACAUCGCUCGAGGCACCAUCGUGAUUCACGUUUGCCUCCGCCACUAUCACGGCUACUCCGAUGGGCAGCGCACGCCGCAUGGGCAGCGAAGCGCCUCCUCUGCGCUUGCCACCGACGGUAGGGGUCGCCGGGAUCAUGGCCCGGCGCGUUCGCCGUCCGCGCCCCCGCAGCUGCAGCAGUAUCGAAGCCAGCAGCGGAGAGGCACGUCGCUUGCGGCGGCCGAGGCGGCCUCCACCGACCUGGUCACAACCCGCUCUACCUUUUGGUCGCAGCCCGUGAAACAUGUGUCAGCCGCCACGUUGAAGCAGCAGCACACACUCGAGCGCGCACAGGACAAGAAGUCGCGGUUCCUCGUACGCAGAAGCAUCCGCGAAGAUGGUGUCAUCUCGAACCUCUUUCCUCUCAACUUUCGUGUCGCAGAUGCGUCGCACCCAGACAGCCACCGUGGCGCCCCACCGACGGGCACGCACGUUUACAUCUACGAGGUGUACGUGACGCGGUUGAUGGCGACACAGCGGGGAGGCAGCGCUGCGAGGGGCUCCCCUUCGGUGACUGGUGCGGGGGCACGCGGCAAGGCCAGAGCCGGUGCCGCCGCGAUAGCGGCGGCCAUUGGCGGCGUGCAGGCGGGUGGACUGGCGUCGGUGGAGCGGCGUGUUUCGCCUGGACGCGCGUGGAGAGCGGUGGAGCGGUUUCUGCGCCACAGAUAUGCCGGGGCAGCCGCGGCGUUACUGCCGCCGUUGGUGCAGCUGAAUAGCAAGGUGUACGCUGCGGCCCCCCUCCCAGCCGAUGCACUAGUGCUACCGAGAGCAUACUUCGAUAUCGGCUGGCAGACGGCGGUGCUACGCCUGCAGCGCCGCUGCCGCUUUACUGAACUGCCCCCGAGCGAGCUGCAGAUGCUGCUGAACAAGAUCGUUCCCGAGGUGGCACGUACAUCUCACCGCGAACAGCGACAGAGGGUGGACGCCACACCAGCCUUCCUCGAGGUGGUCCGGGAGAAGGCCGGCAAGCUGGUGUGCACGACGCAGGGCGUGUCAGCUGGCGGGUUGCGGCUGUAUCAAGGUGUACUGGUGCAGGCCAUCUUUGUGGACAGCUCGGCUGCGCUCGACCCCAACGCGGCAGACGCGAGGGAGGGUCAGGUGGCGGGAGAAGCACACACGUGCAGCCUUGCGUCAGCCAAGACAAGUGCCGGUAGCGGCACCAAACCCUCCACUGAUGCGGACGCCUGCCCCAUUGCCACUCGCCACCUCGGCGACACACCGGUGGGCCUUACGGACGCCGCAGCGGCGGUGCACUUCCAGGUGGUCGCAUUCCUUCGCCCCUUUGCCUAUCGGGGCACUCAUGCCGAGAGCUACCGCAUCCGCGAUGCCUCAGGCGUGUACUUGGCCUCCCUCUGGGCCCCCGCACAACCACGCUCGCUGACCGUCGGCGCGGUCUACGCAGCUGCCCCAGUGCGCAUUCGCGAAUUUGCGGAGCGCGGCAGUGCCCGGCUCAUCGAAUUCCUCGAUGACACCACUCUCACCCUCCUCUCUGCCAGCACCGCCACGGCGCCAGCCAGCCUCAGCAGCGGCAGCGCCACGGCGCAGCCCUUCUCGCCACGCAGCGACAGCGGUGACGGCGGUAACGGCGGCGCCGCAUCGGAGGCGAGUCGUCUCCCAGGUCAGCUGAGCCUGAAGAUCGACACAAGAGGCACGAUCGCGUCGGAGGUGUCCCUUUGGGAAGAGGUGCUGCAGCACUUCGGCCACGGCCCGUACGACGAGGCGGCCCAGCAGCGCCUCCGCAAGUCCGUCCAAGGCAUCCCUGUCGUCAUCUCCUACUCGCUGCGUCAGAGCAUCGUGCGCGACGUCCGCUUCGACAGCGACGCGCUGCUGGCUGCCGCCUCUCAUACGCACAACCUCGCCGCCGCCGAGGAGGGCAGGGGGCAAUCGGUAGGUGCGCCCCACUCCUCUUCUCCAAACGGCGACGCCGUGGCACACGACCGGGCACGUGAGCGCUUGAGUGCGCCGGUGCUGUGCGUACGAGAGCCGCGCCUUGUGCCACUCAUGCCGCGCCUCGACUCGCAGCAGCCGUGCGCCAUUCUCGAUGAUCACACCAUUGUGCCGCUUCAGGUCUUGCACUGCUGCUUCGAUCCUCGCAUGCGUAGCUGGCAGAGUAUCGGCGUUUCCGCGCUGUCCCUCAUGCCACGGCAGCGCCGCGCGCUGCUGGAGUCGAUUCGCGCGCUGCUCGCGAACGGCCUGCAGCGGUGGGGCAUUGAUCUGUCGGCCAACCCCUAUCGGACCAAGGCACUCUCGCUCCUGCCGGCCCCCACGAAGUGUGUCGUGCCGCAGCGACGCCCGGCCACCGGGUUCGCGAAUCCAGCGGCCGUGGGCUUUCCAACCACCAUCGUCGUCAUUGGCGUCACCGGACCACGAUGCACGGCGGAGCAGUCGCGGCGCAUCAGCCUCACCGCUCAGCACUUGGCGCACUACUUUCGCACGAAAUUCGUGGCAACCCUAGCGGACGAAGGCGCUGCCGUCCAGUACGUGCACGAGCAGCUCAUGUACACGCCGGCUGCCGUUGCUGCCCCAACCGGUCAGCCGACCGCCUCGCUGAAGGACCCGAAUGCGUCUGUGAUCCUCAUCACCAACGAAAUGGACACACGCGCGACGCGGUGGCUCAAAGUGGAAUGCAUGUGCCGUGGGGCACACUUUAUCGCCAUUCCCGCGUCGUCAAACCCGAAGAAGCUCAACCUUGUCGGCGCGCAGCUGCGGAUGCGUAUCGCGACUCAGUUCGAACUGAACCCGCUACGCGGCGUCGACCUGCGCGGGGAGCUGCCUGUGCUGGGCCACCGUCACGUGCUCGUCAUCGGGGUGGACUCGUGCCACACGAACACGCACAGCGUCGGCACGAUCGUCGGCAUCCUCAGCACCCCGACGGAAAGCAAACUGCUGUCUUACUUUUGGCGGCACGAUGCACGCGGGCGCGAGGCGCAGCACGUCGCAAAACACUUCCGCGGUAUUUUGGCCAGCGCCGUGGCGCUGUCCGGCAGGGUGGACGAGGUGGUGGUCUUCCAAGAUGGCGACGUCUUCAGCGAGCUGGUUGGGGUCAAGGAGGAGCUCACGAUGCAGGUGCCCAACUGCGGCCUUACCUUCAUGUGCUUGCACAAGCGUUGCAACGUGCGCUUCAUGCACGCCUCGCCAGGGCGAGACGGCAGCAGCGCGACGCGCAGUCAAGCGUCCGCUGCUGCCACUGCAAGCAACGAUGUCGAGAAGGAUGAUCGGGACACAAACGACUUCCGUGAGGACAACAACCUUCACAACCUCGUGAAGGGAGUUGUUAUCCCCGCUCUGGCGCCAGUGCCGCUGCACCAUCAACUCGCCGCCAACUCCUUUUACCUACAAGCGCACGAGUCGUCCAUGUCGACGGCGCGGAUCGUGCAGUACACGGUCCACCACGUAAGCCCGUCCCUCGACGUAACAGAUGUGCAGCAGAUCGCCAACAUCAUGGCCAAUGUGCUGGCGCCGCAGGCAACAAAGCUGCCCAUGUCCACCCGAUGUGCGCACCGGCUGGCUGCUCAAGCGGAGCGCCUGCUCGACGCAGUGCCGCAGCUCACGGCGGACAUGAUUCCGCGGCCACUGUGCAACCGCCUGUGGUUUCUCUAG